AUGAUUAAAGCUAAAGGAAUAAUUAUUGCAGAUUGCGCACAUAAAGGAUUAAGUCUUGAUGUCCCUCAAGAUUUAGAGGAGCAACUUCAUGUUUUGAAUUUAUCGCACAAUGAAGUAAAGAACAUAACUAAUUAUUCAUUCGAUAGAUACAAAAAUUCGCUUAUGACUCUGGACAUGUCAUUUUUAAAACAAGCAAACGAAACGAAUAAAUCGGUUGAAUUUUCCUUGGAGAGUUUUUCCAUCCUGUCUAAACUCGAAUAUUUAGACUUGACUAAUUCCUGCUGGAGUAAAAAAUUCACUUUACCGCAAACAAUAAGAAUAUUGAGGAUUGAAAAUUGUAGUUCCAUACUGAACAUUUCCCAUUUGCAUUUAUUAGAAGAAUUUCACGCUGCUGGAAAUGAAUGGAAUAGUUCUCCUGCGUUUCAUAAGUUAGCUCCGUUGAAAUAUAUUGAUUUACGUCGCAAUGCUUUACGAACAUUUGAUCUGCAAAGAAUAGCGCCAUUUUGCGAUUUGAAAAUAUUACGGUUGGAUAUAUUUCCGGCUAAAACCUUCAAAAAGGAACUACACACGGAGAAAACAUAUUGCACGUGUAGAGCGAUUGAUUAUUGGUUAACAAUUACCAAAGUGGAGCAUGAUCAUUGGGACUGUAUACCACCGGAUAAUGGAUUUGCUCCAAAAUGUGAUUUAGCACCAGGCGAAAGAGUAUUGAAAUUAAGACGCCAAUGUUUGUCCAAGAAAACUAUAAAAUCUUUAUCGACAAGCUCGGGUUGGUGGAUGAUUGCGAUUUCUCUCGUGAUUAUACUAAGUUUGUUAAUUUCUGCUCUGGUCAUGAAUGGGAUAAAACGAGCGUUGAGAAGAGCAAGAGCUAGAGCAAGAAAUCAUCCUCAUAGUGAUGAUGACGAAGAGGAGGAAGAUGACUCAGACUGA